CAGCACUUAACUGUGGCUUCUCUUUGGUAACCACUUCAAGCUGGUAAAAGAAUGAUGAUCAGACUUGUGUUUGCAGUGCUGCUGCCUGCAGCAGCUUAUCAAUCCCCUCUGCCCACAGACUGUAGUGACAUCUACAGAGGUGGUGCAGGCGUGGAUGGAGUAUACACCAUCUAUCCAGCUGGCUCCACCUCUCCUGUGCAGGUUUACUGUGACAUGAGCAAAGACGACAUCGACAACUCAGCAGAAAAAUGGACGGUGAUUCAGAGAAGACAAGAUGGCACAGUGAACUUCUUCAAGAAGUGGGAGCACUACAAAACCGGAUUUGGGAGCGCUGCUGGAGAGUACUGGCUGGGCCUGGAGACAAUGCAUCUGCUAACCCAACGCAAGAACUAUGAGCUGAAGGUCGACAUGGAAGAUUUUGAAGGCCAGAAGGUCUUUGCCCAUUACUCCUCCUUCUCUGUUGGCCCAGAGUCAGAUGGAUAUAAGUUAAACCUGGGAAGUUUCAUCAAAGGGGCAGCAGGAGACUCUCUAAGUAUUCACAAUGGAAUGAAAUUCACUACCAUUGACAAUGAUCAAGAUACACAUCCUUCGAACUGUGCCAUGGUGUGCUAUGGAGGAUUCUGGUACAGCUCGUGCUAUGCUGCCAACCCCAAUGCCAUCUACAUGUGGGGACCUUCAACCCGUUUAACUGGCGUGCACUGGAGAACUUUUAAAGGGCUUGAAUACUCCCUAAAAACCAUGGUAAUGAAAAUUAGACCAGUUGCUACAUAAAAACCAACCAAAACACAACAACCUGGAGAACUAGCAAUGUGACUAGAUUUGAAAUAUUUUACAAUUUUGUAAAAUUGUGAAACUUUUGUAUUUAUUAACAUAGUCCCCGUAUCCACAUUAGUUUAUGAUAUUUUCAAGAACAUUAGGACUAUGUCUUCAUAUCUUACUUACUUUAGUACAUAUGCUUGUUAUGAUAUGAAGCAAAAAUGUUCAAUGUCUAACCAACCAUGAUAGAGAAUCCUUUGAAAAAUCUCUCCUAUGGAUUGAGUCCAAACAUUAUUUACUUUGCAAGUUUAAAGACCCUUACUUCUAAUAAAAUUAUGGACAGAUAAGAAAUCUCUCCAUAAAGUUUUACAAACAGAAAAAUAAACAAACAAAAUAACAACGGAAAUAUUUUUUUGACCAAAAAGCGCUGAUAACACUGGAUGACAUGUUCCUUCAUGACCACCUAUUUAGAUUCAGCGCAACACCAGAGAUACGGACAAAAAGCACAACAUUAUGUAUUCAUACGCAACAAAAAACAGUCCCAGGCUCUAAAUUAAGUCUAAUUUGUAAAUCUUGUAUAUCUAUGAUAUGAAACCACAUUUUCAUUUGUUAAUGAAAUGUUGAUCACAAGUCACCGUCAGACCUGGCCCUAGGGCUGCUCGAUUAUGGCAAAAAUGAUAAUCACGAUUAUUUUCACUGAAAUUGAGAUCACGAUUAUUUGACGAUA